AUGGACCGGCAGGCGGCGCUGGCACUGCAGCGCCACUACAGCCGACGCGCGCCCACCAUGCAGACAGCCGCCGGCCGGCUCAACCUCACCAUCGCGCAGUGGACUAAGCUGACCAAGAACUACGGCUUGACGCGGAUGGACCCGUACGUGCGGUUGCGGCUGGGGCCACUGCGUGUACGAGACGCAGACCUGCUACACAACGGCGCCACCAACCCCCGCUGGAACAAGGCCGUCAUGUGUUACGUACCCCACGGCGUUACAUCCCUGCACCUGGAGGUGUACGACGAAUGCUCCUUCACCGACGACCAGCUGGUGGCGCAGGCAACCAUCCAGAUCCCUGAGUCGGUGCUGCAAGGCGGCGAAACCUCCGACGACUGGCAUCCGCUGUCCGGCAAGCAGGGCGAGGGCAAGGAGGGCAUGAUCAACCUGAUUAUGAACUACACGGUCAGUGGCUGCGCCUCGCGGCUGGAGCUCGUGACACGCGACCGGUGUCCGGCGGCGCGGCCGGCGGCCGGCGCCACCGACUAG